AUGACGGCAACCAAAGGAUUGCUUCUACACAAGGGGAAUACAAGAGAAGAGAUACAGAAAAUCCUAUUCACAGAGACAUACGACGAGACAUUCGGAAGUUUGGGAGCAAAGGAGGCAUAUCAUGAGCUAUUACGCUUAAAGAAGAAGGAGAUUGAACUACACCUCCAUGGCGUCUCCCUAUCCGACUACUAUCGAGAGAACAAAGUUCCAAUGGGCUUUAGGAUUAAUAAUACACCUACCCUGGGAAGAAACAACGCUGACUUCUGCAGACGAUGGUGCCAAGUGCUGGAUCGGUGUUCCCUCGACCUGAUGUUGUUGGUGAUCGAGGAGGUAGGCCGAGAACUAAAAGAGGUCCGCAGUGAUCUUUCCAGCUUCAACAGAACCCACCUUAAAACUUUGCAGAGUGACAGAGAGACGGAAUGGCUGGCGCGUCUGGAAGAACAAACUGGCAAGUACAAAGCAGAGCUGCUGGCGUUCAAGAGCGCGAAUCGCCUGAAAGUGAACCAGGACUACAAGGAGAAUACCGUGCACCUGCCAGCACGAUCGGCACAGAGUGGCGCAUCAGAGAGCGAGGGAGAAGCAAGUGCGCAGGAGACCCCGCGCCAGCAGAUGGCUUUUUUAGGGGACAGCCGGCACAACAACGGAGACCCAGGAAGGCCCCCCGUCGGGGGGGUCGCAGGAACGCCAAUAGACACGCGACUGCAGAGAUAGCGGAUCCCAAGGAAGGGGAAGGAUUAAUAUUCAAUCUCUCCACGUACACACUCACAGAGUCGGAGGAAUCCCUGCUGAAGAAAGGACUGGGAUAUGUACCCUUGGAGACAUUACACUGUAUCUGUCGUUUUUUCAAGAUAAAGUAAGCAACAACCAGUACUUUUAAAUGUGGAUUUCAAUGUUUUGUAUAAACAUAUUUUUUAUUCACUGUUGAGGUUAAAUUAACCGUUUUAUUACAAUCACUUGUAUAAUACACACAAUGGUACACUAGUGACAUCUAGUGGAUAAAUUUUAUAUGACAUGUUCUUAAACUCACAUUGUACUGUUUCUCACCAAUCACAUUGAUCAUGUAAUUAGUGACGUCAUCCUGGCGCCUUUUUUUGAAAGUUUUUUUGUAUUUAUAUGACCCCAACCUCACUUGCAAUUGAUCCUUGAUAAAGGCCCAAAUGCGGGCCGAAACUUUGGAUGCACGAGUGUUAUGGCAAUAAAGAAAAUUUGAACACUUGGAAAUCUGGUGUGCUGGUCCAUUCUGAAGGAGAUAUAUAUCCAAGCUAGUGACUUAAUGGGAAAGUAAAAGAUUGAGGGUAGAAUGCCUUAAACAGACCAGAUCAGUAACAUAUUCCUCCUUUGAUUCCAAUACCUUAUUAUUAGUAAAAGUGUAUAUUGUAUUGUGGAUGCUUGCCGUGUUGAUGAUUUUGGUCUUAUCAAUUAAUAUCUGUUGGUGAAUUUUAUUUUGAGUUUGUAUCAAGAAGUAUUUGGUAAAUUUUGUAAGAAGUAAUAAUUUGAUUUGUUAUUAUUAUCAUAUAUAAAUUAAUUAUUUUGAUAAAUAGUUGUUCUGAUUUUUCA